AUGGGUAGAAGAGUAUUGAAGAGAAGAGUGGUCACAUCACCGUCAUUUUUCGAGAAAACCGCCGAGGAACCCGCUAUAGCUGAGCAUGCCUACCUACAAGGCGACGACGGCUCUGUGCCGUGCCAGUCUCUUCCGAUACGUACAGGGUCAAAGGACGUAUGUAACCACUCAGAAUCAAGGGACAACAUUGCAGAUCUAUCCGCAGAGACUAGUACACCGUCCGUGGACUUGGACGUAGUCACGGCACCUGACGGUCUCCCAGGAGGUCCACUCGAUGCUAUCGAGAAAUCUGGUCUGAUAUGGUCUGCGACGGCUUCCGAAAUUGCCGCUUCUGCGCCUGACACCAUCCAGACAAUUGGUCUACAAGAUGAGGCAUCCGAUACGACCGUCGAGGUGGCGUUCCCGACGCAGGAAAUCGAAGUCGAUCUUAACUGGUACACCCUACUCACGUUAGGCCAAGGGAACAGCGCAGUCAAGCUGCGCGUUCAGAGUCACAUUGUCGGGGUGGCGUCGGCAGUGCUGGCAGAGAAGAGUCGAGUCCGGUCUUGGUUGAGUCUGAAAGCCGGCCAGCUUCAUCAUCUCGAGUUAGCCGGCGAGCUGGCUUGUACAGCUCAAGCCAUGAAGACCAUAUGUAACGCGAUCCACUUCCGUUCUAACAUGGAUCACGUUGUGCAUGGGGCUCGCGAAUUGGUGCAAAUCGGUGUAGUGAGCAAGAAGUACGAAUUCACGAACGCGCUACGACCAUGGAGUGCACAUUGGCUCCGUCAAGCGCGUAAGACAGCCUCACUCCCAGACCUUCAGGAGCUGUUGGAAGCGGCACGAAUGUUAGACGCGUACGAAGAGUACUCACGAAUCUCCUUCGACUUGAUUCAACUAUCAAGGAGAUAA